AUGUUUAUAAUAGAUAUCUGUUAGAUAUGUGUCUAGUAGAUAUCAUUUGAUAUGACAGUUCGAUAUUUUCAGUUUUGCGACAGACGCGUACACCGCGCCAUAUUAAAUUAUAUAUUGGGCGAUCCAUUAAUAUUAACCACACACAAUCAAUAAUAUUGUCAAUAUUCGUCGAUACUGACAGUAUUACUGACCGUGUACAGAGAUCUUGGGAUUGAUUCUGUAUCUUGAAACAAGGUGAAAAUUGCAAAUGUGAGCGAAUUUACUAGAACAUUUAUAAUUUUAUUGGUCAAUACCUAGUAAAUUUGCUCACUUUUGUAAUUUUCACUUUGUUUCGAGAUACAAAAUCGACCCCCUUAACGCGCGUUGUUUUGUGACGACGUCUAGACGUAGGCGUGCGCGGUGUUGCCCCACGUGUUGUCCGUGUUAUCUUUGAGACACACAGGAGAAGAGGACGCGUUUUAAAAUUAUAAUCACAGGACGUCGUCCUUAUCAAAGAAGACUCCUUAGGUUUCAGUAUCAUAGGAGGAACCAAUCAUUCGUGUACACCGUUUGGUCAAUACAGCCCUACGCAUCCGCAAGCUAAUCCAGUCAACAAUUGGACUUGUGAAGAAAGUAGUUCAUGGUGACGAUUCAGUUCGCAUCAGUUCGCAUUGGUCGCAAUUGGUCGCGUCAAGGCCGUCAAGAUAUACGAGUGUCGCUGUCGAGACAUACUUUCGACAAACAACGAGAAGUCUUGAGAGAGACCACUGUCUUCAAGGUGAAUGGAUUUUGCUAUUGAAACCUGAAAUUAACGACACUGAAACCUAAAGGCCUAAAGAAGUAAAAGUCUUGAGAGAUCGCCUGAGAUCGUUUAAGUGAGGCGGAUUUGUUUCGUCUCUCCUCGAGUGUUGCAUCAUCAUUUCUGAAAAGCUUUGCUGGCUUCGACUGUGUUUAAUAAGUUGGACAAGUUUACCUCGUCAACGAAGAGCUGGGACAUUUAUAUUAGAAGAAGAAGAAGAAGAAGAAGUGCCAAGACACAUAACGGACAGAUUAUGAGUAACGAGUGCAAGAAAAAAGUUUAUGAGCAAAAACAAAACGUAAUAAUGUUAACACAGAAGGACUUGAGACCAUAUCGGUCCUUGAAAGAAAUUAACGAGGAAGAAAAACGACUGACACAAAUAAUACAGAUUAAGAGGGAGAAGCGACAAAAGAUGUUGCAGAAAAUAGAAAAGAUAAAGAAGAUGAAGAAAAUCCUGGAAAUUAUGGGAUCCAGCGAUGAAGAAUCCGAUUCUCAAUCGGAUGAGGAAACCGAUGAGAUUAUAAGAUUAUACGAGCGUGAGAACCUUGGUUCUAAUGAAGAAGAGAUAAUCAAGAAAAUCAUGCGGGAAAUAAAAAUUCCUGUACCAAAUGAGAAAAGUGAAAUCAAAGUAAACAUAGAUUGCCAAAUAUCUGUGCCGACGAACAAGUAUCAUCUGCUUAAUGAAGACUUUAAUGUGAAAUUAAUAUUCAAAAAUAGAAAAUGCGAAGUGACGGGUGAAAAGAUAUGUCUUGAAACAACAUCAUCGGUAAGUGAGACCGACACAUUUGGUAAAACUAAAUCUGACCUCCAAAUAAUUGAUAACGGGAAAAUAAUACAAAAGGUAUCGACAGUUGUGUUGGAGAAAUUGGAUCCCACAGAAGCAAAACAGUCACAUGGAAGAUCACGAGUUUCCGAAAAGUUAAAGAAAAAGAGGAACUGGUCAUAUUUAUUACCAAAAUCGAGAAAAAGAUCAGAUCAACCAAGAACACCUCAAGGGAGAUUUGCACGAUAUAGGAACCAAUAAAUUUAUAUUAAGAGUUACAUUAUUCCAUACAAUCUAUGGAAUAGCAUCGAGGCUCUUCAGUAAGUCAUUGAUAUCGCUGAAGUCCUGUGUAAUCGGCAUCGCAACAAGUGUCUCCUCGAGAUCCGUUCUACAAGAGAAACAUCAUCAUUUUCCUUUGCCUCUACGCAGCCUUUUCGCAUAGCUUAAGUAGUGUUUAAAAACAUAAAUUUAGAUAUGCGUUCCUUUCUGGACCAUACCUC